AUGGAUACUUACGAUAAAUUAUUGGAAUUAUCCAAAGAACAACACAGAAUAUUUGAAAAUUUAGUGGGACGUUUGUUUGAUAAAUCGAUCGAAGGUUUAUAUAAAACUCUUAACGAAAUAAAUAAUUUGAAAUUACGACAUUUAUGGUAUCAUUCAAAUAUCUAUCAAAUUCGUAAUCUCAAAUCAACAAUAACUGAUAUUCAAGUACAAUUUGAUCAAAAUAUUAGACAGAUUUUAAACGAAAUUGAAGAACAAAAAAAGUAUGCAAAAGAAAUUUUUUUCAAUUUACUUAAUCAACUUGAAUCAACAACAACAAUCAAUGCACAAGAAAUCAGACAACAUUUAAAUGAAUUAUUCAAGAAACUUGAUUUUCUAACUGGAAAUAUCUCUAAUGAUGUUUUCUUAAUGUCAAUUUUUUCAAGUUUUGGCUUUAUGGGUAUGAUCGCUGCAAUUUUGCUUCUUUUUACUGGUGGAUCAAUAAUUACUAUUGCUACACUGGGAUUGGGAGCUAUGGUCACUACUACAGUAAGUGAAAUCAUGUUUCAUCAAAAAUUAAGUGAAUUAGAUGAGAAAUUAAGACAACAGAUUGGAACGAUUAAGAAUAAUAGAAGCGAGCAAAUACAAAAUUUGAAUCACUAUUAUCAAAGUUUUGAGAAGCAGUUACAUCAUAAUAUGAUUAAUGGACAAACAUCAGCUGUCAAUAUUAUUUGGUAUGAUCAACAAAUAAAAAAUGAUUCAAAUCAAAAUUGUUUUGAAGGAUUAAGAAAACUAUUUUCAACAGAAAAUUAUCAAACUAAACAAUUUAAUGAAAAAACUCAAUUACUUGAAUUUAUUCGAUCUAAUCCUUUAGAUCAUCUAAUUUUAAUAACAUCAGGUUCAUCUGGAAAAGAUAUUAUUUCUCAAAUUGGAUAUUAUUCUCAUAUAAAAGGUAUUAUUAUUUACUGUUCAGCAGUUGCACAUCAUCAAGAGUGGGCAGACAAUUGUAAAAAAGUUUUACUUGUUGCAAAUUCGUUCAAUGAAGUUAUUCAAAAAAUUCGAGAUAUUGAAAAUGGAGAAAUUUAUUUUUUAAAGUUUGGAUUUUCAUUUGAAGAUAUUAAUUUAAAAUUAAAAAAUUCGAAUUAUUUUCUAUCAACAAAACGAAAUCAUUUUAUAAUAACAAAUUUUUCAGAGAUCGAUUUAAAUAUCGAUUAUCAUCAAAAUCGAAUGAGACAAUUACACAAAUCAUUGGAAUCAAAGAACAUUUUUUCAGACAAUUUUCCUUAUUAUUUUCAAAUUGACAAUUUAUAUUUAUGCGCACAGAAGUUUAUCGAGGCUUUAAAAAAAUCUGGACCAGAAAAGAAUAUUAUACGUCUUUAUACAAGUGGAAGACCUUUUUAUUACCAAAUAAUUAAUGAUAUUCUCAGUUUAUUAGAUCAAGAAUUAAUUUUAUUAAUUCAAGAUUAUAUUAAAGCAUUAAGAUAUUCUUUAAUGAUCUAUUCGGAUACAUCAAAGGCUGUACCAAAUACAAAAAAUGUCAAAUUAUAUCGAGGUUUAAAUUUGAACAAUACCAAGAAUUUUGAAGAAUUUUUAAAAAAGUUCAAAAUUAAUGAUACUAUUGUUUUUCCAGCUUUUACGUCAACAAGUUUAAAUGAAGGUCUAGCUGAAUCCUUUGCUGGUAAAAAAGGUGUUCUCUUAGAAAUUUCUGCUGAUUGUACACAAUCAAACAAACCGAAAAGUGUUCGUGAAUUAUCACAUUAUCAAAAUGAAGAUGAAGUUCUAUUGAAUUGUUUUAGUUUAUUAACAGUAAAGAAUAUAACAAAAAGAAAUGAUUGUCUUAUGCUCUAUCAAUGCAACUUAGAACUAUGUUAA